UCAAAGUUCAACACAAGAGGAAAUACAAGAUAAUUAUAAAUGAAUGUUUGGUAAACAGUGUUUAGGUAUUUUUACUUCGGUUCUAUUAAAGGCUUCUUCAUGAGAAUAGUAUGCACAGAUAAUAUGUGAAAUGCAUCAAUAGUUUAGUUAAAAUGAAUAUUAUUUUGUGGUUUUUAUUUAUUAAUUUCGUGUUUUGUGAGGAAAGAUUUUCUGAAAAAGAACGCGGAUUUUUAUUAUCAUUGCCAAAAACUUUAAUUAAUGGCAAAAAUGAAACAGUCUGUUUAUCACUCCAUUUAAUAAAUUUUCCUUGUUGGGCUAUUAUUGAAUUAAAAUGGAAAAAUAGCACUAUUAGGACCUUUAAAACCUUAAAAACGGAUCAGGAAUGUUUCUCCCUUCAUGUACCUUUCUUUCCAAUCGAUGAACCCCAAUUCGUCAAAAUUAAAACGACCAUUAAAACCAACUACCAGUUUAUUUCGGCAAGAAAUCAGGAUCCCAUUUUAUUGUAUCCGAGUAAGCCGAAUAAAACGUUUAUACAAACUGAUAGAUAUUCCUACAAACCAGGAGACACUUUAAAAAUAAGGAUCAUCACCUUAAAUAAUGAUUUGAUAGCACUAAACGAAACGUUGCCAGAGGUUAAAUUAAAAAAUCCUAUGGAUGUAACAGUGGCAGUUUGGGAAAAUCUAAGCUCUGAAUUUGGAUUAAUUCAGUUGGAAUAUUCGAUAGUGCAAGAAUCUAUUACGGGUAAAUGGAGUAUAGAAGCAAACAGCGAAACCACUAAUUUUGAAAUCGAUAAAUAUGUUUUACCUAAAUUUGAUGUUAAAGUUUUUCAUCCUAGGGUAAUUUAUUACGAAGUAAAUCAAAUGAUUGUAAAAGUUUGUGCAAAAUAUAGUUACGGUAAACCAGUAAAUGGAUAUGGGCUUAUUAAAGUUAUGGACUCUCAAUCUAAUAUGGCAACAUUGUAUAAAAGGAACAGGUUGACUGAUGGUUGCACAAACUUCCUUUUAUCAAACUACGAACUAAAUUUAGAAAAUAUUCCAAAAUUAAAUCCUUACGACCCGAAAAUAUACGUCCACAUAACAGCCACUGUAACGGAGGAUGGUACAAGCAGAAUACAAAUGUCCAUGGUAAAAACGUUGGUUGCAUUAAAGCCUUACGGUAUAAAAUUAAUUGGAGAAUAUGUAUUUUUACCAGGAAUGCCCUAUAAGGGCAAAUUGCAAUUAAUAAAUAUUCAUGUGGAUCCAAAAGAAGACGUUUUUGAAAUUUGUUAUAGUUUUGCCAUAAAUAAAAGUUGGAAUUAUGUGGAUGAGCAAUGUUCAAAUUUUACUAUAGACAAAGAGAGGUCCAUUGACUUUAAUAUAUUACCACUACAAAGUAAAGUGGUUCAUAUUAAUUUAAGUGCAAGAUCCUUAAAUUAUAUAAAUAUCCUGGACAAUCUUUUGGUUUUAAGACAAUAUUCCUCAAGCAAUCGAUAUUUUCAUAUAGAAAACGUAUCAAAUGAUUUCAAGUGCAACAAAAAUCAAAACUUUAUUAUUACUCUAAGGAGAGAUAAAUUUACUACCAGAGAAACAAUAAAAUUCUAUUAUAUUAUUAAAUCAAAACAACAACUAAAUAAAAUUGGUAAAUAUGUUUAUGUGGUGGAUACAGCAGUAAACGCGUCUUCCAGUUAUUUAAAAAAUGUUAUUGGAAACAAACAUAAAUAUAGUAAAAAUGGAAUUUUGAACACCGCAGAAUUUACAUUGGAUUUUGAUUUAAACUCUCCGAUUUUAACAAGCUAUCAACUGUUGGUUUACUUUGUUACCAAAGGAGGAGAAACAAUAGCUUCAAUGAAGAAUGUUGAUAUAGAACCAUGCUUUAAAAAUAAAGUAACUGCACAUUGGCUUCAAAAUCGUAUGUACCCGGGUUCAAUUGCAACUCUAAAUUUAAAAUCCAAUUCUGAUUCUCUUUGUUCCAUUUCAUCAGUGGAUAAAUCUGUUUUCUUUAUGAGUAAUCCACAUUUAAAACUUGAUGAACAUUUUUUGGUAAAACCUUUUAUGAAGGAGAGGGAUUUUGCUCCUACAUCUAGAAAAAUUUGUAUACCGCCUACCAAGAAACUACAAAGAACUGUAUCUUAUUUGAAAAAAGAUGAUCUAAAGGAACAUCAUAAUAGAACAAAGAGAUUCGUUUAUUCCUUUGCUGAAGAUUUUGAUACUUUUGAUAUUUUUAACAAAUUUGGGACUAUUGUAAUAACAAACCUAAAAACCGUAACAAAACCUUGCUACACAGGACCAGUGCUUCCUAAUGAAUUUAAUUUAAUACCUGAAAAUACGAAGUAUGACGAUCAAAAUGAAGAAAAAGGUUUACCAAUAAGAUCUUUUUUUCCAGAGACUUGGCUAUGGGAUUUGGUUAAAGUAGAAAAGGGAGUAACCAAAGAAUUGGAAAGAUUUUUACCACAUUCAAUAACCACCUGGGUUACUAAUGUAAUGUGUGUAUCACCCAUUAAUGGUGUUGGUUUUAGCAAAGAAUUCGAAAUUACCGCCUUUCAGCCAUUUUUUGUUGACGUUACUGUUCCUUACUCAAUAAAACAAGAUGAAAGUUUUUAUUUGUACGUUAACUUAUUCAAUUAUCUUAACUAUAGUCUACCAAUCCAACUAAAAAUAGAUUUUUCUAAAAAUUUAGAGUUAGGCCAGAUUUCCAACUCAAAUUUAUCAGUUUGUCUGCAAGAUAAUGGCACAUCAGCACACUUAUUCCACUUAAAAGGAUUACAAAGCGGCCAAGCAAAAAUUACUGUAUACGCUGAAAUUGACACUGGAUAUCCCAGAAAUUGUGGACCGGAAUCAGUAGUCAAUAAAAGAGAUGUGGUGCAAAAAUCAUUUAUUAUUGAGCCAGAGGGAUAUCCAAUUAAAGUUACCAAAUCUGCCAUUUUAUGUAGUUCAGGUGAAAACAACAUUUCUUGGGAAAUAUCUGUUCCAGAAGAUAUUGUGCCAAACACAGAUAAAGCUCAUUUAGUUUUUAAUGGAGAUUUGUUAGGAUGCACUAUUGAAAACAUUGAAAAUCUUCUUUCCAUACCAACCGGUUGUGGAGAGCAAAUAAUGGCUUCAGUAGCUCCAAAUUUGUAUAUUUUACGAUACUUAGAAGCAACCAAUAAAUUAACAACUGCUUUAAAAGCAAAAAUAAUUAAAAAUUUAAAAAUAGGCUAUCAAAGAAUUUUAAAUUACUGUCAUAAAGACGGUUCUUUUUCUGCUUUCGGUUAUCAUGACCCAUCCGGUUCAAUGUUUCUAACCGCUUUCGUUGUUAGAACUCUUAAAGAAGCCAAAAAUUACAUCUACGUGGAUCAAAGGAUUUUGGACAGAGCCUUGCACUGGAUUUACAAACAUCAACUGGAGAAUGGAUGUUUUAACGCUAUGCUGCACGUUUUUCAGGAUAUGGGAGGUGCAAGUACUGAAAAUAGUACUGCAACCCUGACCGCUUAUGUGAUGCUUACGCUGGAAGAAGCAAAUGUUAAUAUACCAUCCGAUGUUAAAAAAAACGCUAAAUAUUGCAUAAGGAGUUUAGAAAAUCCUGAUAAAUAUUCUUUGGCUAUAAGUUGCUACGCUCUUUUUAAAGUCAACUGGUUCAGCGAGGCAUCCAGGAUGUUAAAAAGGUUAAUGCUCAUGUCAAACCAACAACAGAAUUUGAUUUGGUGGAGUAACAAAGAUAGUGCAGAUUUAACCGCAACAGAUUUGGAAAUAACUGGAUAUGUCCUUUUAUCGCUUUUGCAUCGCAAUACCUCCGAAAAUUUGGCAAAUGCGCAUUCUGUUGUAAGGUGGUUGACGUCCAAACAAGGACCAAGAGGUGGUUUCAAAACAACCCAGGAUACAGUGGUGGUCCUAGAUGCCUUAUCCAAAUACGCCACUAUACUUAAUGAAAAAAGAUUGAACGCUCAAGUACAAGUUUACACCAAUAAAAAGGAUUUUAAAUUCUUAAUCAGAAAAGAGGAUAAAAUGAAAUCAAAAAGAAUUCUACUGGGAGAAACUAACGACAAUAUUCAAAUUAAUGUAACAGGGGAUGGUUGUAUACUAGCCCAACUUAUUCUUUCGCACUACAUUAAAACAAUUAAAAAGAGCGAUGCAUUUAAAUUAGAUCUCGACAUUGCUCCAGUUUCUACAACCGACCCUUGCUCAAUAACAUCAUUUUCACCCUGUGUAGCUUACACAGGACCUGAUACUCAAUCAAACAUGGCGGUUUUGGAAGUGUCACUUCCUUCUGGUUACACCGCAGAUAGAUCCUCUUUAUAUAAACUAGUUGAUGUCCAAGGCGAAACAAGAAUUAAGAUGUUUGAAGAGGUUAAAAAUCAAGUUGUGUUGUACUUUACAAAAUUAAACAACGAGCAAGUUUGUUUUACGUUUAACAUAAACGAAAAUUCUGUAGUAGAAACAAGAAAGGAUUCUGUUAUUAAAUUGUAUGAUUACUAUAAGCCUGAAUAUGAAAAUGUUCAAUUAUAUCAAAUGAAUAAAGAUUGUUCUUUAAAGAAUAAGCGUCUACCUGCUUUGGAAAAUUCUCAUCGUUUAAUAAACUUUACCAAUGACAUUAUAGAUGGUGAGCCUACUACUAACAAAACCUUUGCGAAUGAUAGUAAUGAACAGACAAAUAUUUCAGAAGAUGUAAAUAUUACUUUUGUUAAAGAUUUCAGUAAUGAAAAUAUGCAACCUAAAAUAAUAAAACGUGAUAUUCGGAAAGAAAAUAUUAACAACAAUUUGCUAAGAAUAAAAAGGCAACUAAAAACUGAUAAAUUAGGUUUAAAUUCAGAUUUUGUAGAUAUGGAUAUGGAAAUGGCUACACCAAAUGGAAUGGAGGGAACCAAACCAAUUUAUGUUAAACCUGGCCAACAGUUAUUAGAAAAUAUAAGAAAAGAACCCUAAUAUUAUUUAGCUUUAUUUAUUACUAUUAAUUUUAUAUACGUAGGUGUAUAAUCAAUAAAUUUGGUAAAUUA